GGGGUAAAGUCUAUUCUUUCAUGGUUAAUUCAAGGACCUGAAACCAGUGAUUUAUUGAGGCUAGGGUUCUUUUUACAUACAAUUCUUCAUGCAUUCAUAGUGGUAAAAGUGGCCUUUUCUCUUUCGUAUAUUUUGGGGUUGAAGCAUUGUAAUGGUAAAAGUGGCAUG